UUACUGCGGUAUCGGUUUACUUAUUGGGCGCGUAGGGGAGUAAAGGGAAGCAACAGGAUCAAUUUUGAAGGCUUUUUACAAAAUGUAACAAAAUUUUAUGAAGAUAAAUAUCGACGGUUUGGCCGCAUAUACGGCGGUUACGGUAUUACCAGCACGUGGUUAAUGAUCAACGAACCGGAACUGAUCAAAGACAUUACGCUGAAAAAUUUCCACAUAUUCCCGGAUCAUCUGGACUUCAAUCUGGGAACCACUCAACUCUCGAAAGCGUUAUUUUUCUUGAAAGGCGACGACGAGUGGAAAAGAGUUCGCUCUAUAGUCAGCCCUUCCUUCACGUCGGGGAAACUGCGGUCAAUGAUGGCCAGCAUAUCAGACAUUGCCGACCAGUUUGUCACUAAUCUGGACGCGUUUGCCACGAGUAGCGAAACAGUAGAUAUGCGCAAAUACUUGGGUGCCUUCGCGAUGGAUGUGAUCAGUGCCUGCGCUUAUGGUAUAAAUGUUGAGUCCAUUAAUAAUCCCAAUCAUCCCAUUGUAGUCAACGCUAAAAAAAUAUUGUCUGUGGACUCGAGUUUUAGCUACGCCCUGUCCAUUCUGGCCCCACCCAUAGCCCGCAUGUUUAGUGUCGAGCCCUUCAAUAUAACUGCUAUUAAAUAUUUCGCAAAACUCACGGAGAAAAUAGUGGAGGAGAGAAAAAGUGCCGCAAAAACGCUAACAAAUUCUGCAAAAAAGAGAUCAGAUUUCAUACAAUUGAUGAUCGAUAACGAGAGCACUGAUAAAGACAUGGAUUCACACGAUUAUACUAAAGAGGAUCUGAAAAUAUUGGGCGAAAUCGUAAAUAAUAGGACACGUAAUCAGACGCUGAGUUUGGAUGAGAUGACGGCUCAGGGAAUACUGUUUUUCAUCGCCGGUUACGACACGACCAGCGCUUCGCUCUCUCAUGUCGUCUAUUAUUUGUCUCAAAACAAAGACAAACAACAGAUUCUGAGGGAAGAACUCAACGCUUUGGACACAGACUUCACGUAUGAAAACCUAAAUCAAUGCCAGUAUUUAAAUGCAGUCAUCGAUGAGACCCUACGACUGGCCCCACCUUUGAUUAGUAUUCAACGGGAAUGCAAACAGGAUUACAAACUGGGAAAUACUGGCAUAACCAUAGAGGCUGGAACUACUGUAGAACAUCAUCCAUAUAUAAUUCACAGACUACCCGAGCAUUUUCCCGACCCUCAUCAAUUCAAACCCGAACGGUUUCUUAACCCAACACACCAUCCGUACGCAUACCUGCCCUUUGGGUGCGGCCCUCGACUAUGCGUUGGUAUGAGGUUUGCCUUAAAUGAGAUGCGAAUGUGUAUCGCAAAGAUUGUACACCGAUUUGAGUUCACACUCGCGCCAGGAUUUCAGAUGGAGUAUUUUAAUGGUAGCGUUUUAUUGACUCCAAAACAAAAU